UUCGCUUUCAGUUCAGUUAGUGCGUGCUAGCGGCUCGUGUCGCGUGUUUUCACUUUACUUCUUCAUCCAUCGUCAUCCUUGACACACGAUCUGCCGCUUCGUUCUUCACACGCGUUUUCGUCCAUGGUUCUUCCUGUACAAUCUUCGAAUUCCCCGUUGAAUUAUCACGGUGCGACGUCGAUAAGUGUCAGGGAAGAUUCUGUGGUUCUGGGCAAUCGAUAUCGAUCCUUGGAACACCGAUCGCGGAUCCAAAGCUCAGAAUGAAACCGGAACUGCCCACGGACCCUCACUGACUGCGAGCCACCAUAAAGCCGCGCUAUCCAUCGCAUCAACCACUUCUCCGAGAGCUCCAUCGGAAAAAUUACCCCUUAGAGAAACCAUCUCCUCCUCUACUAUGCUCGUUUCUUAACGAUCCGGAAUUCGUUUCACCAGGUCAUAUGUCGAAGGCAAGGACGUGAUCCUGGCGCGUAAACUAGCGAGGAAGUAUCCGAGGAGGAAGAUAACGACGUCGUGGUAGAUAGCUGGCGGUGCACGGCGAAUCGAAGAUCGUCGAGCCUCUUAAUGGGCAUUCCGCGGUUGGAUCCCGGUUGGAUUUAGCCGGCUGGUUCUCCGCGAGGGAAAAACAGGAUCGAAGAGAGGAGGAAGGCGAAACGAAGGGAAACCUUGAGAUCACCGGCUGCGAGGAAGGACUCUAUGGGCGCUCGAGGGUGGCGCAGAGUGGCGAAUGACCUGGUGCCGCCGCGAUAAUCCCUCCUUUCUCCUCCGUCUUCGUCUUCACGUAGCUCGAAGCCACGAAAAUGAUCGACUGACUGCUCGACCGGCUGGCGUGUAACCGGACGGAUCGGGCCAGGAUCCUUUUUCUUACCUCUCUUUCUCUCUCUUUUUCUCCUUUCCUCCCUUUCCCUCUAUCACUCUUUCUCUCUCUCUCUCUCUCUCUCUCUCUCUCUGUCUCUCUCUCUCUCGCUCUGGUUCACUUCUUCUGACUCGGAUCUUUCGGUGGUUAACGAGCCGAGGAAUAGCGAAUAAUAAAGCAAGUUAAAUGUGCCUGGCUGGCAGAGGAGUCGCAGAUAUGUCGCGGAUCUCGAAUCGCGCCUCGACCAUCGUCGCGGUGAUCAGCAUCGUGCUUCUGGUGCUAUUCCUGGUGAUAUUAUGGACUGGUGUGCGCACAGUGAAACAAGAGACGAUAGAGAGAAAUGUACAUGGAAGCCUCGAUACUGUGGAAAAGACUUUGAGCUUCCUAGUGGAACGAUCGAACGAGUCCUCUUCCUCCUCUUCGUCUUCUUCUUCUUCGACCACUGUCAAGAUCGUGUUCGAUGACGAGAGCUUCAACAACGAAGUGAUGUCGAAAGUGGAGAAAUCAUCAAAGAAGCAGAGUGGUUCUAAGAAAAUCAAACUGUUUUCUCAGAAACCUGACUUGGAGUACAUUCAAUUGAUGAAAAUCAGUGAAAAUCAAUACGAGGAUCCACCGGAUAAAUACACAACAGCGAAACGACACCACAGCGGUCAUUUCCGACAUGCUACAGCCGAAGUAUGGGAUCCUCACCCUCAGUACGAGUUUACCGCCUUUGGGAGACGGUUCCGUUUACGUUUAGCUCACGACACCAGUUUCGUGUCACCGAAUAUUAUGAUUACUCACAUGACUGAAAACGCUAGCAGAAGGGAAUAUCCGGGCCCUGAACUUGGCUGUUUCUACAGCGGAACCGUAGACGGUGACCCAUACUCUGCUGUCACCGUUAGUCUUUGCCACGGAAUGACGGGCCACGUGAGAACGUCGACGGGAAGCUACAUAAUUAAACCAGCCAAGCCCUGGCGGCAGAGUGACAAGGAUUCUCUAGAAUUUUCGUUGGAGCACGCCAUCCAGAAGAUAAGACCGUACACCAUGGAUCAUAAUCGAAUGAACGACGUCGAUGAUCGUGCUGAGACUCAUAACUGUGGCGUGAAGGAUGACAACGCGGCAACUCCAAUUUUGGAAGAGUCGUCGAGGGGUAAAAUUUACUUUGAUGGUCGACGCCGCAAGCGCAGGUCUUUAACCGAGGAAAAGAACGUAGAAGAUUCUCGGGACGGCCGUGUGUACGAGCAACUCGUGGGACAAGCCGAGGGGCAUCGAAAUUUUUUACGAAACAACGCCAGAUACUACUCCGUGGAGCAAAGACGAAAUGAUCUGAGCGAAGAGUAUAGCCAAGACUCGGAAAUGGAAUCGGAUCCCUCCGUGACUUGGAGACCACGUAGAGCCUUGUCAAGUGAAUAUUUCAUCGAGAUCAUGGUGGCGGCAGACGCGGAGAUGAAGAGGUACCACGGCGAGGGUUUGCUCCAUUACAUUUUGGUCCUGAUGAGCACGGUCUCGCUAAUCUACAAAGAUCAGUCAAUUGGAAACCCCAUAAGCAUUUCAGUGAUGAAUAUCGUGCCGAUAGAGAAGAUAUUUGGAGCUAGACGUACCAAAGGCGAAGGAAUCGCAGCGACUGACAUGUUGAACAAGUUCUGUCGAUGGCAGCAAAACAAUAAUCCGAGCGCAUCGUCACCAGGACAUUACGACACUGCUCUCCUUUUAACCAGGGAAAAUCUGUGUCACAAUUCCGACGAAAUGAGCUGCGACACUUUGGGCCUGGCUGAGCUUGGACGAAUGUGCAUGCCCGGAUCCUCCUGCGCUAUUGUUCAAGACAAUGGUCUGGCUGCUGCGUUCACAAUCGCUCAUGAGAUUGGCCACGUGCUGAGCAUGCCCCACGACGACGACGUGAAAUGUACCUCCUUCAGAAAUCGGUCUGGUGCGCACAACAUAAUGUCGAGGAUGCUGGACGGCAACACUCGUCCGUGGGAAUGGUCGAAAUGUUCCCGGCACUACGUCACCGAGUUCCUCGAGGCCGGAAACGGAAACUGUUUGCUGGACAGGCCGGAUAACACAAUGGUGCGAGAAAACCCGAGAAGACUCCCUGGCGAAGAUUAUUCGGUGAACAAGCAGUGCGAGCUGGUGUUCGGCAAGGGAUCCGAAGUCUGCGCUCACAUGGUGGGUGAUGUGUGCAGGAGACUGUGGUGCACCACACCGCACGGAGGUCAGUGUCGUACCCAACACAUGCCGUGGGCUGAUGGAACCGCCUGCGGCCAAGACAAAUGGUGUCUUCGAGGUGAAUGCGUCUCCCGCAGAAAUCUCGAGCCAGUGGAUGGCCAAUGGGGCGCAUGGGGACGAUAUGGGAAAUGUUCGAGGACCUGCGGCGGUGGUAUCAAGAAAAAAUACCGUGAAUGCAAUAAUCCACCUCCGCAAAACAACGGCCAUUACUGUAUCGGUGAACGAGUAAAAUAUCGCAGCUGUGGUACCAAGGAAUGUCCACCAGGAAGUCCUGAUUUCAGGGAACUACAGUGUUCGUAUUUCGACAACAACAAUAUGAGAAUACCAAACCUGACGGAGGACGUUAAAUGGCAUGCCAAGUAUUCGCGAAUAUCGCCGGGGGACCGUUGUAAAUUGUACUGCCAAGUGGAAAGCAAUCAGUAUUACAUGCUGGCGGACAAGGUGAUCGACGGAACACCGUGCAGCCGGGAUACCUUUCACAUAUGCGUGAACGGCCUCUGUAAACCAGCGGGAUGCGACCACGUUUUAAACUCGACGGCGGAACUCGAUAUCUGCGGCGUAUGCAGAGGCGACAAUUCCACCUGCCAGUGGAUCACUGGUUCCUACAACUCCACCCAGUACGGCUAUACCAGAGUCGCCAAGAUCCCAGCGGGUAGCAAUAACAUCGACAUCAGGCAACACGGUUGGAAGGACAUGCAAGGCGACAGCAAUUACCUCGCUUUGCGACUUGGAGAAAACGGGAAAUAUAUACUAAAUGGGAACUUUAUGGUGAUGACCCAAAGGGUGAUCGUAGAUAAUGGUGUAACUAUCGAGUACAGUGGACCUGAAUCAGUUGUGGAACGUCUGAACACUUCCAGGCCAAUCGAAACUGACUUAAUUCUGGAAAUAUUAUCAGUGAGGGAAUUAAAUCCGCCCCAAAUUACUUACGAAUACACGGUACCGCGAGAUAUUCUAGAGAGCUACGAAUGGAAACUAAGCCAGUGGUCAGACUGCAGUCUCACCUGUCAAGGUAUGAAGCAUCGUAAGGCUGAGUGUAUAAGCAUCGAGUACAAAGAGGUCGUCGCUGAUGAUUACUGUCGCGAGUCGGAAAGGCCGCGGGAAGAGAGCCAAAUGUGCAACAAUCAUUGUAUACUUGAAUGGAACAUCACUGAAGUAUCAGAGUGCUCGAACCACUGUGGCCUAGGAACUCGCAUGGUGACCUCUAGAUGUAUGCAGAGGCUGUUGCAUUCGAAUCAUCCACCUCGUGCAAUUCCAGCACAAUCGUGCGCUCAUCUUGAACAACCAAACGAUACGGAAGCUUGUAUAGGUCCCUGUGAGGAUGCUCACUGGAGUUACGGAAAAUGGAGUGCGUGCAAUACCACAUGUGGUGGUGGAGUUCAAUAUAGAACAGCUAUCUGCGUAGACUCGAAUCGAAGACCAGUUUCCGAAGAAAAUUGUAUGGGACAAAAGAAAGAUUUGGAAAGAGCGUGUGGAAACGAAGAAUGUCCUAAGUGGGCGUUCAAGAAUUGGAGUCGUUGCUCAGUAACGUGUGGCGUGGGGAAGAGAAACAGGCACUUUGUGUGUCACAUACAGAACCGUAUUGUUCCGAACAGUUACUGCGGUGACACUCCUCCUAAUAUUGCUGAAACUUGCAACCCUGGACCUUGCGAGCAAUGGCACUCUGGUGAUUGGAGCCCAUGUUCAGUUACAUGUGGUGAAGGCAUAAAGCGAAGAAAAGUUAUAUGCAAACCUAUUGAUGGGAUAACAAGUAACAAAUGUUCUCCUGCCAACAAACCUGAUGAUACUGCAGUCUGUGUACUGAAACCUUGUCCAGUGAUAAACAAACCGCCAAUUAAAUAUUCUUCUGAUCCACCAUAUGAAAUUCCUUCUCAGCAAGAUAACGAAAUUCAUGAUAUAAUUUUCCGUUAUGGAUAUAAAUGGCACGUUCAAACACGGCAGUGCUCCAGACCGUGCAUCAAAGGCUAUAUGAAUACAGCUGUGAAAUGUGUCUCCAUCGAAACAGGAACCAUUGCACCUGAUAGUUAUUGUGAUAACGAAAAGAAACCAUCUACUCAGAUCCCCUGCAAUCGUUAUCAUUGCCCAAUGUGGAUUCAUAGUGACUGGGGCCAGUGCGACGUAGAAUGUGGAUUGGGACACCAGUAUCGACAAGUACGUUGUCGAAGUCCACGUGGUGAAAUUUUACCAGAUGAGAACUGCCAUGACAUCGAAAAACCGGAAAUAGCAAAAACGUGCCGAAGGAGACCUUGUGUAAAUACUUCUACAGACCGAAAGAAUCGAGUAGAAACGAAUAUUCUCCGCAAGUGGAAAACUUCCAAAUGGAGUGCCUGUUCGAAAUCGUGUGGUACCGGACACCAAAGGCGAAGAGUGGAGUGCACGAUGAGGAGAGGAAACCACGGGCCGGAAGUGACUGUAAAGGACGAGCAGUGCUCGAGGCUUGGCCUGAGAAAACCGAGAUCGCAGAGACCCUGCCGACGUUUUGCCUGCAACUUUAUUUGGCAGGAAGGACCUUGGUCUGAGUGUUCGGCAGAGUGUGGUGAAGGAAUUCAGCAACGGUCAGUGUCCUGUCACCGUGCGAAUCGUUAUGGAUUGAUCGAUCCUACGCCCACUGAUAAAUGCCCGAUGGAUCAGAAGCCUAAAUCUCAACAGCCUUGCAAAUUGCGAGAGUGCGACGAUGAAUAUUAUUGGCGUGCUGGUCCGUGGGGCAAAUGCACUCACAGUUGUGGCCAGAAGGGCCAUGAAACACGAAGCAUAUACUGCGUAUCCCUAAAAGGCAACAGAGUACACCGGUCUCAUUGUCCUAAGAAGUUCAAACCGCUACAGAAGCGGAAAUGCAACCAAAGAAAGUGUUACGCAAUGUCCUGCUAUGAGGAGAAGAACUAUUUCAAUGCUACCAAGGAUGGCGAGUACAUUUUGGUUUUGAGCGGAAGAAACAUGUCGAUUUACUGCCAUGGAAUGUCGACCUCCGAACCAAAAGAAUAUUUAACACUGCCAGCAGGUCCUGAGGAGAAUUACGCGGAAAUAUAUGAUAAGACAUCAAACGAUCCGUAUAUUUGUCCUUAUAAUGGACCAAGAAACAACAACUGUAAUUGUUCCACCUCGGGAAAGACAACAUUCAGGAGGGUACGAAUUGACCCUGUAGAAUUGUACAUCAUAGAGAAUGAUUAUACAUUUUCGCGGAUGACAGGGUUAAACCGUGUCGAAUAUGGAACAGCUGGUGACUGUAAUAGCAUCGCGCAUUGCCCUCAGGGUCGUUUUAGCAUUAACUUAAGAGGAACUCAAUUACAAUUAUCGUCGAGUGUUGUUUGGACAUCGCAACGUGAAGCGUCGAUGGAAAUCGAUAAUAUUAGCAGACAGCAUGUCACCGGGAAGUGUGGAGGCUAUUGUGGCUUUUGUAAGCCGAAGAACGGAUUGAAGCUAGACGUUCUACCACCCUAGUCCGCAAUAUAUAGGGCUCAAUAAUCUCCAAAUGCCUGUAAAGUACAGUUUUCAGCAGGUAGAAUUCCACUAAUGGAUCUUUGAGCGUGUCGCAAAAGACUGGUUCGACGAACACAAGAUGAAAUCGACAAGAUCCGCUACCGAAUCGAUCCCUUCCACUCCGAACUUGCUCUGAAUCAUUCGCUUAAAUCGUUACUAGUCCGCUAGCGGAUUUUUAACAAUAAUCAUUGUACAUUCAGAUGAAAAAGAGUCUACUUUGAAAUAGACUCAAUGGACCGUAGAUAAUGUUUAAACGCUACUGACGAAAUACCAAAUAUGGUAAAGAAUAAUUAAUAUUACGUUCAUUAAUCGUUCGACAGUUUGCAUUUAAUCUUCAGUAGUUUUAUCCGUCGAAAAUAAGUAUACUCGUAGAAGCGAACGCUUCUUGAUAAGCGACCUAAAAUCAAUUUAAGGAAAUAAAACGCGAGGUAAAGUUAAUAAAUUCUAAACAGAAAACUACAUGCAUAUAGUCAAUUUCACGAAACGAAACUGUUCUCCAUAAUGGAAUCGUUCCAAGGGAUGAAUAGUCAAACAUUACUAGUAGGAAGAAUUCUCUGUAAGAGAAAAUACAGUAGAAACCAUUUAUUGGAACGAAAUCUUAGUUAAUGCCUGAUCAAUUGAAUACUAAUUGAAAAAUAAUGGAUAGUGGGAAAAAUUGGUAAGCUCCAAUGUAUAUAUAUAUAAACUGUUCGUCCCCUGGCAGGUUCAGAUAAAUGAAGUUCUACUGUAAUGAAAGUGUAACGAAAGUUAUAUGUUCGACAGAGCCGCGUGAAUUUUUCACCUUCCCGAGUUAUUCGUCGAAUUCAAAUACUUGUGUCCGGUUAAGAGGUCCGUUUAGAUAUAGAAGUAACAUAAUGCCCGGUAAGAAUUGCAGUAUUCAUUUUGUUUAUACUCGUUGGAACAUCAUGACUGCUCGAAAAGCUAAUUGUUUAUCAAACAAGAAACAAUGGAAGUAUCGUAGUAAAACAUAUGUAUACGUCGAUCUUAGCACGCGAAGUACAAAAACUGGAAAACGGCGAGCUACGCAAAAUCCACAAACCCAACGUUGCUUUAAUUGAGCCGAGGAGUUUCAAUUAAGGAUCUGUUCAAUUGAGGUUGAUUAUACCGAAAAAGAAAUUAGACUGCCUUCGCGAAUUUUUUACAACUAUGGUGCUAUUAUAAGUUUACUUGGAAAGAGUGAAAUUAAUUAGGCUUGAAUGAAUAUAAAGCCAGCUAACGCACUUCAUCCCUUCAACUCACUUUUUACUACUGAAUUUCAAUUGUUAGAAAAAGAAAUGUUUUCUACGUCGGCUUCCCUUCUGAAUGAAGUCGCCUGUCCUAUUUCAAUAGGACACGUAAAACAGCAGCUAUAAAGCUUGUUCAAAGUUAAAAUUAGUAUAUUGGCAACUUCGUUAAAGAGGGAGCAUUUAAAGUAUUUUAUUUUGUAUUUGGUUAUUUGUGUAGAUACUCGAUGUCUUACGACGUAUAGUCUUCUACAAGCAUUAUCCAUAGCAACGUAUUUUAAGCUAACAAUUUUAAACUAUCAGACGCUUAUGCAAAUAACCGGAUGUUCGUAAAUAAUUUUCUUUUCCGUGGAAAACAUUCUUCUAACGAUGCAAGCAAGUAAACAGAAUAGCUCGAGUACUAGAGCCUUCUGGAUUAUCUUCUAAUGGAAGUCCAAGCGUGAAUUUUUACCACUCUUAGUAAUUAAGUUGCAUUAAUAAAAAAGAAAAGAAUUGUAAAACGCGAGACAAAUUUGCGACCGAGUCGCGUUUCCUCGAUGCGCAAAACAGUUGUACGUUCUGCCACUGCCAUAAUACCUUCGUAGUGCUUUCGUAUUUCAUCCAUAUACAUAUUGCGUGUAACGACCAAAUGUUGAAAUAAAUACAAGUGUCGUUUGGACGAGACGAUUGCAUUACUAUCUUAUGAAAUUAUUACAUCAUAAAGAAUCAUAAUUUACGACUUUAGUAUUCAAUUUAGUAUGCGAUUUUAGUGGCACGUACGUAGUAGUAAUGGUAAACGUUUAUAGACGAGCUAUGAUUUAGCAUGGUAGACUCGUAAACACAUAUUUUCGGAGUUAGCUGAUUCAACUAAUCUAAUCGAAACUCCAUAUUAGUGAACGAAUUAACUUAUUAACUCGAGUCCGCGUAAUGGACGUCGACAAUAGCUGAAUAAUAAUUCAGCCGGUUUUGUCUCGAAUAUUUUAUAGAAGUAUAUAUAUAUAGUAACAUCCGCAUAUAUACAUCUUUUUUAAAGAUAUUUAGAAGAACGACGCCUAUAUAUUAUAAGGUGGAUCUAACAAGUGGACCAAGUUACAUCUCUGUUGCAAAUAGAAUUAAGAAUAAGCCAUAUAGAAAAGUGUUACCUCCUUUCCUUGAAAUUUAAUUUUUAAUAGAAGUACGAAAAUUUUACUCUAAUUUUUGCAUUGUAAUUUUCUUCGCAAGCGUUCUUUCAAAUAAAACCUCGCCGUCUUCUUUAUAUAAAUAUAAAAUGACUCCUCGAUGUAAAUUGAUCACGAAUGAAAGAUCUAAGAUAUGAUCAGUAAAAACUCGAUAGAACAAUCAUAAUAGAUAACAUAAUUUCUUAAUUUCAGUAUCAGUAAUUAAUAAAUAAUAUAUCUUUGUUACAAUAUUGUAUGUUUACAAUCUUUAUAUCAAGUUUUCUAGUCUUCUCUUAUGAAAAUCAUAUUCUGUCGAGUUCCAUCGUUUUAAAUUGAACUCUCGGAAAAACUGAAUUAUUUUUGAACCGAUUUCAUGAACAUAUCUAAUAUUACUUGGAAUAUAGAUAUAACCUGAUCCAAUUGUUACAGUCACCCUAUAUAUUUUCGAAUUUUCCAAAAUUAUCAACCGGAUAUGUCGUUCGUAUCAUUGAAAUCUCUUUGAUUAGAUGUUCGCAUGAUUUCGAGUAUCAAUCAAUGUAAUCAAUUCGAUUAAGAAGCGAAAAAAAGAAAUGAAAAGAGUGUCGUACCUAAACCAAAAUACCAAAACAAUUCCCGAGUACAAAUCCGUUUUGGCUAAAGUACGACCAAUCCCUGCUCCUCUCCCCUCCCCCUCCCUGUUCUCGUUAAGCUAUUUUUUAACGAAGAAACCGAAGGGAAUUUAGUACUAACUAAAAGUAUGUAACGUUUCAACAGACUGCCAUAGUUAAUGUUAUUAAUGAGUACAUGUAUUAAGUAUCAUUUGUUAGAGAGCGAGUAACGCGACGAAUUCGCGGUAUACAGGGUGAUUUUAUAAAAUGGAACUAUCGAUGUUUAUCUUUUUUAUAUUUUUGUAAAAGAAAGAUAAAGAAACAAAAUACAGGAAAAUUUCAUAAGAUCUGAUGAGAUUUUAAUUAUCGAGAAAAUUUCGUUAUCUCAAAUUCGAUUAAAUUUUAAUCUUAAUUUUUUAAAUAGAAUCGCAAGAUAUAUUCUUUUCAUCCUAUACGUAAAUUUCACCGCGUAACUAUAAGAACAAAGUAAUUUAUAAUAAAACAUGAAUUGGUCGAAUCAUGGAAAAUUUAUCUCUUUCCAUUUUAAUUAUUUUCACGCAAUAAAAGAAAUUAAGUUAAAACUUCUGCUUGUUCCUGUAAUCACCCUGUAUAAUAAAGCAUAGAAGUUGAAUCAAUCGAUCCACCGCCUUCCACGUUGUCUAAUCCGCGCCAUCCGAUGUAUUUGGAUGAAUUUCGAGAAUUUUGCGGAAGACUGCAUUGUAGAACGAAAAAACGGAACAUAUUUUGUCUUUAUAUAUUUACUUUUGUAUAGCCGCAUGAUCAAAAUUUUUGUUACAGUAGUGCGAAUCGUAAUGAAUAAAAGAAAAAAAAGAAAAUUACAUUGUUGUAAUCCGUUUGAAUAGCUUUCUGUAAAAGAAUAAGAAAAGAAAGAA